CCACUGACUUGUCAAGUGUGUUGAGGGCGAUAGCAAGCAACCAGCAGACCCGAGGUGUCCCUCACUCUCCUGACGUUCUCUGCUUGCUUCUCUUAUCGCUCUUUUGACUUAUUUUUUAGGCUGUUUUGACUUUGACGUGAAUUUAAAAAAAUCAGUUUUGGGGACGGCAUGGCAUUACGACAACAUUCAGAGAAGGAGCCGAGCAUUGAGUUAUUUGUCAAGUUUCUCUUUGUACGGCAGGCCGGCCAUGACGGCGAGAACGUGGGCAACUGUCCCUUCUGCCAGGGGCUCUUCAUGGUGCUGUGGUUGAAAGGAGUCAAGUUCACCGUGACCACUGUUGACAUGAGGAAGAAGCCCGCAGAGCUGAAGGACCUGGCCCCCGGCACCAACCCGCCUUUCUUGCUCUACAAUGGCACCCUCAAAACAGACUUCAUCAAAAUCGAGGAGUUCCUCGAGCAAACACUGGCCCCUCCCAGGUAUCCUCACCUCAGCCCUCUCAACAAAGAGUCCUUUGACGUGGGCGCUGACAUUUUUGCAAAGUUUUCCGCCUUCAUCAAGAACACACCAAACAAUGCCUUUCAAGAGAAAAACCUGCUACGGGAGUUUAAUCGUCUGGACAAUUACCUGAACUCCCCCCUACCCGAAGAAAUCGACCACAACUCAAGUGAGACAAUCAGCGUCUCCAAGAGGAAGUUCCUGGACGGGGACCGCCUCACUUUAGCCGAUUGCAACCUUCUCCCCAAACUGCACGUCAUCAGGGUUGCCUCCAAGAAGUACUGCGGCUUUGACAUCCCAGUCCAAUUGACAGGUGUGUGGCGAUACCUGCACAACGCCUAUGAGCGGGAGGAGUUCAAACAGACGUGUCCGGCUGAAAUCGAAAUUGAGAAGGCUUACUUAGGAGUGGUCAGUAACAGGAAAUAAAAUGUUCAUUCAUCCAUCUGUACAUGGUGCUGUAUGGUGCCAAAGAUGUAAUAGCCAUCAAUCAUCUUAACACAGGGAUGGGGAACCUUUGGGUUUUUUUCUUUUUUUUAAUACUUCAGAGGUUUAAUUUGUUUUUAGAAUUGCUGUGUAUGGCGCACCUGCCACUGGUUUCCCACUACUGCCAUUAGAAAUCGAAUCGCAGAACACAGCGUUUUCGUGCUUUUGACUGUUUUAGUUACCUACAAGACCAAUUGUGCAAUUGACUGUUUAUUUAAUUUACAAGACUUGUGUUUAUAGUGUACAUACAUACAGAAUAUUUUCAAUGAUUGUUAGUGAGUAACAAUCAGAACUCUUCAAAACUGUUCCUUUUAAUAAUGCAGAAAAUUAAUAUUCUUGUCUAUCUUAUUCUGGACUAACACAACUGACAUGAUGGGGAAUGUGCCACUAACAUACUAAUAAAAUAUAUAUGGUAAAAAUACAAUUUUUGCUUUGACUUUUUCCAAGACAAUGUUUAGCUUCAUGUAUAAAUUAACAAACUAUCAAAUAAUGAAAUAAGUCAACAAUUCUACUUGUCCUGGUUCCAUUAGACCACGGGUGGGCAAUUAUUUUCCCGAGGGGGCCAAAUGAGAAGCCGAAAAUAUUGUGGAGGGCCAAAAGUUAGAAAUAGAAAUAGAAAAUAAAGAAGACAGCACAAUGUAUUUGUAUGCCAGUAAUAAUGUAACAUUCUCCUCCACCAUCACACUCAGCACCGGUUCUCCUCAAGGAUGUGUACUGAACCCCCUGUUGUUCACGCUCUACACAUUUGACUGCUCUCCGACUCUUAUUAGCGGUCCAGUUUGCGGAAAGUUUUUAACAUGAUAACAAUCAAACCAUUCUAGGAAAUGUUCAUUUACUCGAGCCACAAGCAAUUCACUCUGACCAUGGAAAUUGCCAGAAUCGGACUGAGUAAGAAUCGCUUCCUUGUUUUUCAAAGUCUUGUAGAUUUGAGUCUUUCCGACUCCAGGCGUCUCCUGAAUGUUUCGUACUUUGUUAACUGCUUCGUUUAAUCAGAUACAUAUCACUUUCCCUUCCAUGGUCAUUACUCUCUCCCUCUUUCUUCGUCUUCCCCUCUCUCCCUGUGCUCUGCAACUUGAAGUAACUGCGCCACCUGGUGUUGAAAUACUUGUCAUUACAAGUCCAAACGAAAUGAAUGCAAUCAAACCUUAAUUGUGCACCAAUCUUCGGCGGGCCGAAUUAAAAAGAACAAUGGGUCGGAUCCGGCCCGCGGGCCGUAUUUUGCCCACCCCUGCAUUCGACGGAUAAUUUAUUCUUACUCAGACUACCUGGUCACAGACUGUGAUUAUUUCUGACUUUACUCAUUUGUUUUUGUAAAAGUGUGCUGUCUCCUCUGAGAGGGAUGAUGAGUGGGGGCUCAUCUCAUUUGUCUAAUUGUCUAAUCCUAGGUCCUCGUUCCUCUGUUAACAUGAUAACACUUCCCACCAAACAUUCCAUUGAGGAUGUAGGAGAUUGACAAAAUGGCAAGGUUUGAGAAGGUAGAAACGUUUUGGGGUAAUGAGACGUUUUCGUGGAGACGUCUCAUAAAAUGUCACAUCAUUGACGCUUGUCACAAAUGUACCAUGUGCAUGUCAGAAUCAUUACUAGCACCACAAAUGUGCACUUCACCCUUUGUGUUUCAAGUGGGAUUAAAUUAAAGUCAAAUACCAACAGGUUUCCGCUUCAUAACUUUGCAGAUGCAAAGACGAGUGCGACUGGUCUGUCCCAACUGUGUCUCUCCCACCUCAGUGCAUAUUUGGAAUGAUUUGUGAAUUUGUAAAAUGUUGAUAUGUUGUUUAUGAAUUACACUGAAUGCGAAAAACUGUGAAGAACCAUCAAAACGUUUUAACUUUU